CGGUAUAGCAGAGGCUGAAACUGUAAACACCGAAGAGAAGAUGAAGUCUGCUGCGUUUUCACUUUUUCUGUUGUUUCUGGGUAGCUGCAGUUUGGCAUCCAAGCAACAGAUGGAUGUCUACGAAUAUCUCUGGAAUAACAACAUAGACAUUGCCAACAACACGCUUAAUGUUGACUUCCUGAGGCAAAUGAAAAGCGGCAGCCUACAGGCAGAGCGUUAUGUCAACUUCACCCUGCAGGACAUCAACUACCUUCUGAAGGUGACGGAGAUGCUGAAGGAGAUGAGCAAGAAGGUCACUAAGCCAGAAGACCUAAAGGCUUUCAUGACAGAUAGAUACAAUAAAUACAAUAGCUUUGCAGCCUCAUUUCUCAGUCAGUAUUUGCUAAAGGGUGAACCUCCCAUCAAACCCACACCUGCCAUGAAGAAGUAUCUGUCUGACUACAGAGCGGUGAUGAAGCCGAAUGAUGGUAUCUACUUUGCUGUAGCUCUGCUGCCCUGCUCCAGACUCUGGGUCUGGCUAGCUAAUAAUUUGAAUAUACCCAAUACCAAUGCCUACUACUCGUGGAAAGCAGAAAAUAUGAAUGGUCACCCUGAGAAGCACUAUAAAGCCCUGCUGAACAAACACCUAAACACAACGCAGAAAGUGCAGAAGGCCAACGCCAUCUUCCGCAUGCAAAUGCAAAAUGAGCAUGACUUCUUUGCCACUUCUUGAGCUAAUCAUCUUUUUUCCUUCAACAAGUCUGUCUUAUAUGAAAAUGUACUUUUGAAAAGCCAUUAGCCAA